GUCGAGAAGAAGGGCAAGAACAAAGGACGUCAAGAAGGCCAACACCAAGCCACUACGCCUGACGACGUCGAGAUGUCGGCACAGAUCCAAACACAACGAGCGGAUGGGCGAGAAGAUGUGUCUGCCGUGUUUCGUGAGGUCAUGAGGAAGCGUUGGCGGCUUGGUUGGCGGCUCUGGCCGAGGUGGCGGGGCAACUUCAGGCACAGAUCAACAUGGUCAACGACGCAAAGGCUAAGGUGAGUCAAUGAGGGAGCAGAGGGGCGAGGCGAGAGGGCGAGGGUUGGUGCGUGUCGUGUUUGUUCCGCACAAGCGCAGCAGAUGUUGGAUGCGAAGGCUGCCCUCCCCGCCCCCGACACAUUCGCCGAACAGAAACACAUGCAGGUUAGCCGCCACACACAACACAGGUACCUUUGUUCCAUAGACAUCCCGCCUCUCCUUUUGCUGUUCAGGAGGUUGACCGCCACUACCGUGUGCUGACGGCCAUGGUGAGGUGCGAGGCGGACAUCAAGAUCUCCACCGUGGACAAGACGGCCAAGCAGCAGGUGGAAGCAUGUGUCAAGAAGCUCGACGUCAUCCUAAACACCAUGGACAAACUCAACCAAGAUGAGGUGGGCACCACACACCCGCAUACACACAAAAAGCUCCGUCGAGGGUGGGUGGGUUUAUCAUUUCUCUGUGCGUUCUGUGGUGUAUGUGUUUGUAAGGUGAGGUCUGGUUUGGAUGAGUUGCCUGAGGCGCUGUGGAUGACGACCGAGGAGGGCUUUGGUUUGGGUGCCUACCUGGGCUACCACACCUUCAUGACAUCCCUCUCCACCAUCAACGCACAUUUCAGCCACCUCAGCCGCCAGCCCGCUGCCCACCCCAUCGUCGACAUCUAUGCCAGUCCCACCAAACGCACCGCAGCCAAACUGCCCAGUGAGAGAUAGCACACAUCUCUCUCCCUCUCUCUCUCUCUCUCUCUCUCGUGUCCAUUCUCGAGUGCGUGUUUCAUAUUUGCAGGUCGUGUGUCUCAGUGUCGCUCCUUGCAUGUGCAUCACCGCCCCACCCCUCGGCUCGUCACUUUGCUUGAGCAGCUGGCGGCCACCAUCGAGACCGUCGAGCUCCAAGGCACACGGCAGCGGAGAGGGCAGAACACCGCAGAGGUGCCGAGCAAGGAGAGCCCCACUGCGUUCCCCAAGCUGCGCAAGGCGACGGUCGGCUCAGUGUGGGAGGGCAUCGCACCCGGGCUUGGGUUUGCAACGCGUCGUCGGGCCUUUCGUCCCUGCACUUCAUCAUCAGGCCGCUUCUCUGGGCUGCCCGACACCUGACGCCACGCCAUUCAUGAGGUGCUGGUCAUAUUGGCUGUAUUCAAGCUCACGUCGCCAGUGGAGUGUUGAUGGCACACAGUCAGAUGGCCAUGGUGUCGACGAUUUUCCUGAGGACGAAGACGACGAAGAGGAUGAAUAGUGCAUUGCAUUUGCUGGUUGCCUCAAUGAUAGACGUUUAUGGUCAUGGAACAAUGAGUUCAAUAGCAUUCAAAAG